AGCCUGUAGUAUGUAGGGAAAUGCAGGUUUGUCUCUGCCACGUUCAUUGCGGAUCUUAGUCUAACGUACAGUACAUACUUCGCAGAAGGCAGUGUUUCUUCUGCCAUGGCAUCCAACUCUCAGAAAAACACUCGCGAACAGCAUGAUCCUACUGUCAAUGAUGAUCUGGAAUCAAUGGAGACAUUGUUCGGUACGGCUGGGGCCGAUUCAAGUUUAGGACGUUUGGAAGAUUCUGUUUCCUUAUUUCAGAAACCUAGUCGUGAUACUUACUUCAGCCAAGAAAGCAAGAAAGGGCUAGUCAUCGGUGCUGUUGGCCUUAUCGGCUGCUAUACUCUCAAGUAUUUCGUGCGUCCCUCAAACCUCCUCAGAAAACGAGUAUGGAUCGGCAGUACAUUUGGUGUACUCUCAUAUGACGCCAUCGCUUCUGAAGUGCAACAGAAUCGAUUCGUACGCACGCUCCGGCCGGACAACGAACUUCAAACCCUAUCUUUAUCGAGUCUUAUAAUGUUCUUCACUUCUAUGAAUCUUAUGAGCGCACAAAAGGCGUUUCCCAAGUUAGAUGAUGAACUCAUCUCUUACUACCGGGAUUUUCGCAGCACAACUACUGGUGCCACUACAAGCAUAACUGAACGCAUAUCGCAAGCAACACGUGCUGCGUGGUCAUCUGAGAAUUCAAGAGCCAUUUGUUGGUGUCUCUUCGCCAAUAGCCUUCUGCGUGCCGGUGUAGCCCCCAGAGAUGUCGAUAUAUGCAUAUGCAAUCUGGCGCUUUGGGCGGACUUGCCGCUCGGACGACAGCCAUUAGAUCGGAAACGUGAUCUGGCGGUUGCUUCCUGGACAGGGGCAGUCAUCGUCCGACUGUUGACCCACAGACGAUGGUUGUCGCGUAUUUCUGCGCCGAUUGCCAUUUCGUCGCUCUUUUUCUGGUUCACUGUGGACCGAGUGCGGGGCUAUUACACCUUCUAUGAACCUUCGCGGAUCGAGCAAAAAGAGAAGGUGGCGAAAGUGUACAAGGACCACAUACUACUCGCAUCUGACAUACAGAAGCUCAAUAAAAGGCUUGAAGACAAUGGAUUGUUCGACUAAUCCUGGUAGAAAUAUAAGUAUGUUGCUCACAAUCUCCAGUUCAAGCUGCAGGUUCACAACUGCCUUUCACGACAUGGGGAAUGUUAUGUGGUUGAUAACAUGAGUGGGCAGUUCUUCAUGCCUCAAAACAGCUCGUCUCUUGCCUUGUUGGUGGCGAUGUACACUCAGUGGUCUCACGUGCAUUCCGUGUACAAAUGAUCUUCCAUAUGGUAUGGUUUCUGAGAGA